UCAUGCAACAUGCAAAGAUUACUAAUUUGCUUGAUUGUCUUUACGUGCCUCAGUGUUGGCACCUGGGCGAUUGACGGUGUCAAAGGUGGGCAUCGGCCGCGUUAUCCUACAAGCGGAAGUUACAGUAGCAGUAACUUUUCGCAAAAUGGCCUUUGCCAUAAAAGAGUGCCUUACAGCCAUGUUUUAGCUUUAAACGCCAGCGGAUCGCUUUACAAUACUAUUCCUCAACCAUACGAAGGUGGCCAUCCUCCUGACGGUUGGAUCACUAUCUUGGACUGUUGCGACGGUUACGUGCGCAAUGUGACGAGCGGCCUAUGCGAACCGCAAUGCGAACGCGGUUGUUUCGGUGGCCGCUGCACAGCCCCGAACGUAUGCAGCUGCCCGUCGGGAUGGCGUUCCGAGGAUGGCGUUUGCAUGCCCGUUUGCUCCUAUCGAUGCCAGGAGAAUGCCUACUGCUUCUCGCCCGAGGUGUGCAUGUGCAGACUGGGCUACGACGAGAUCGACGGCCAAUGCAAACCGAUCUGUCCUGACGGAUGCAUGCAAGGCGAGUGCGUGGCACCGCGCGUCUGCAGCUGCAGGCAGGGAUACGCUCUGAAUGAACGCAAGGAGUGCGCGGCGACGUGCGAGGGCGGUUGCGUGCACGGCCUGUGCAGCGCACCAGGCGUGUGCACCUGCGACGAAGGAUACACCAACGCUUACGGCGAUACCGAGUCUUGCGUUCCGCAUUGCCCGAACGGUUGUCCCAACGGCGAAUGCGUCGCACCCAACUUUUGCAGAUGCAGACCUGGAUACACGCGAGACCGCCACAACGGUAGAUGCGUACCGAGUACUACAAGUUCAGCACAGUGCGGAUACGGAUACACCGUCGAUCCUGACACCCGCAGAUGCAUCCCCGUAACGACAACCCCGAUAUCGCAGCCCAUCGGCGAUUGCAGAUAUGGCUGCGGUCCGCAUAGCGUGUGCGUCGGAUAUCGGUGCACCUGCGAACCUGGAUUCACCGUCGACCCCGACACUGGCAGAUGCAUCGCUAUGACGACACCCACGGUUAAUGCGACGCAAUGCCGAUACGGUUGCGGGCCAAACGGCCGAUGCGUUGGUCCAAACUCGUGCGUUUGCGAUCCGGGAUUCCGCAUUGAUCCCGAUACCGGAAGGUGUAUUCCAUACGUAAGUACGAGCGCGGACAUGUGCCAGUACCCGUGCUUGAACGGCCGCUGCACUGGACCGGAUCAAUGCACCUGCAAUCAUGGGUACAGGUACGACGACUACGAUCGUACGCGUUCAAGAUGCGUACCGGUGUGCGCGGGUGGAUGUCCGAACGGUGUGUGCACCUUGCCAAACUUUUGCAUAUGCAAUCCCGGAUACCGGAAGGAAGGUGUCAAGGGUCGGCAGAGAUGCCUAACAUCCUGUCGGAUUCUGAUAGCAGGCUACUCUCAUAGCUCAAAGAGGAGAAGAAGCUUCAGUAUAAGUUGCGACGUAAUAUACUUCGCCACACAUUUUAACAAUACGCUGAUCGAUUGUCCUCAUUUGGAUCUCUCUUCACAUGUUGAAAUAUAUUCGGCAAUUAUGAAACUUUUGUACGUAAUAUUUAUUCUUGUCGUUUUACAAAAUGAAUUGAUUACUAACGUGGAAUUGCUUACUAUAACUUCAAGUGAUAAUUCUGUGGGAAAUUGUAGUAAACUUAUUAGUUUUAUGGAAACAGUUGAAGUUCCAUACUUGGAAACGUAUAAGGAAAAAACAUGGGGUAUAUUUUUUAAAACCCGCGUUCGAUGGAAUUAUAAAAUUGAGUCUCGCAAAUCAUGGCGCUUAGAAUACGAGUGUUGUGAUGGAUUUGAACGUAAAUACUACUGGGACGUUUUAAAUUCAAAAUUGUAUUCAAAAUGUGAACCAUUUUGUCGACCUCCUUGCGGAAAUGGUACGUGCACGAAAACAAACGUGUGCCUCUGCAAUGUUGGGUACUUUUUUGUGGACACUAAAACUUCAGAGUCUGACGUCGGCUGUGCUCCUAUAUGUUCUGUCUCUUGUAUACAUGGCAAAUGUGUCUUACCUGACACUUGCAUGUGCGAUUCUGGAUACAAACUGACAAACAGUAGUUACAUUUGUGAACCUAUUUGCCAUUUAUCGUGUCCUACAGGAUCAUAUUGCUAUAAACCUGACCAAUGUCUCUGUCUGGAUGGAUAUAAAAACAUUUCCAGUGACGUUGAAUUAACUAAUAUGUGCGAGCCUAUUUGUGAAAGAGAGUGUGUUCAUGGCAAGUGCACAGCCCCCAAUGUCUGCACUUGCGAUGAUGGUUACGAGCUUGAUAUACCCGACUUAUUUACCUGCAAGCCUAAGUGCGAGCGUGACUGUCUAUAUGGCGAAUGCACUGCUCCCAAUGUGUGUACCUGUAACGAGGGUUACUCAUUGAACACCUCGAACGUUUGCGAACCAGUUUGCAGUGAAGCUUGCGUUAUGGGGACUUGCGUAGCUCCUGAAAGUUGUAGCUGCUUCGCGGGCUACGGGCUGCUGGAGAAUUCAAAGUAUAUCUGCGAACCAGUCUGUGAAAAGGCUUGCCUCAAUGGACGAUGCACUGCGCCUGGCGUAUGCAUGUGCAACGAAGGAUUCCAAUUAAGUGGCGACGAGACAGAAGAGCACAUUUGUAAGCCUUACUGCGAAACUUCUUGCGAACCGUUCGGCGUGUGCACCGCGCCGAAUGUUUGCUCCUGUUUUUCUGGAUAUCGCCUGGCUAAUAAGACGGAAAUCGAAAAAAUCAAUUUGCUACAUUUUAGCGGUUCGGUUUGCGAGCCGAUCUGCUUGAUGGAAUGCAUAAAUGGAUUCUGCAGCGCUCCGUUUACGUGUAGUUGCAUUUUCGGCUAUCAGCCGAUAAACAACUAUCUCUGCCUACCUACAUGUAGCCAGAGAUGCGUCAACGGCUUCUGCGCCGCACCUGAGGCUUGCAAAUGCGAUUCGGGCUAUCGUUUAUCCAAUUCCUGGUACGAAUGCCAGCCGAUCUGCGAGACUGAUUGUAUCAAUGGAUAUUGCACUGCGCCAAACAAAUGCAUCUGCAACUCGGGCUACCAACCUACCGAAGGCAAUCGUACGAGCCUCUGCGAGCCUAUUUGCAAUCCGAGUUGCAAGAACGGUAUCUGCGUACAACCCGAUGUAUGCAGCUGCAAUCCGGGCUAUCGUUCGUCGAUGAAAUCUAAGGUAGUGUGCGACCCUAUCUGUCAUCCGGCUUGCGAGACAAACGGAAUUUGCGAGGCGCCCGAUCUCUGCGUCUGCAAGGAUGGUUACCGCAUGGUUUAUUACGACGGGAAAAACGUUCCGUUUGGAUGUGAGCCAAUUUGUGGCGUCGAAUGUGGCAACGGCACAUGCACGGCGCCGGAUCUCUGUACGUGUUUCGAUGGUUAUCGAAACGCGGAAAUUGGCGGGUGCGAGCCCGUCUGCUCGACUUGCAGCAACGGCACAUGCGUUGCGCCCGAGGUUUGCGAAUGCAACGAUGGAUUCGUUCCUGCGAAUCCGAAUCUCGGAUUCGGAGUAAAAAGCUCUCGAUCUUCGGUUGCUCCCGAAAAUAGAACGAGACCCGGAAGUAGAUGCCUGCCGCAUUGCGAGAAUUGCGAUAAUGGCGAGUGUAUGGCACCAGGAGAAUGUCGUUGUUAUGCUGGUUUCGUGAAAGUCGAAGGUACCUGCGUGCACGCGUGUCAGGAUGGCUGCGGUACUCACGGCGAGUGCGUUGAGGAAUACGGGACUUGUGAAUGUUAUUACGGAUGGACUGGAUUACAAUGCAAUCGCCCAACAUUGUGUGUCUUAAUCUUGAAGGAUGGAGAUAAUAGAACUGAGCAAUUAAAAAUUAUAGAAGAAAAGAAUACUACGAUUGAACAUAUACUUAAAUAUAAUCCAGCUUGUAUCGAGUGCAUUCAUAAAAUAAACAAUGAAACUAUGUGUUUUAAGAUGUUUGGCAAUAAUACAGAGAAUGAGGCGGAAAUUGGUUGCUUAAUGAAUGAAGAAUGCCUCCCACUGAGCAAUUUAAGUCAAUAUGAGAAAGGAGAAAUGAUCAAAGUAAUAAGUGGAAUUAUAGGUGGAAUAUUACUUCUAACAGCAAUAACCAUAUACGUGGUAUCGCGAAAACGUCGAAGUAGUCAAUUGGAGCUAGCCCCUAACUAUUGCAUCACAUGCCUCUCCGGCUACGAACUGAUCAACUUCUCAUACGAAUGCAAACCGAAGUGCGAUAGUGGAUACGUUUUUGACGAAACGAAUCAAACGUGCAAGCCAAACUGCUCGAUGCCUUGUGGACUACACGAAGAAUGCGUAGCGCCCAAUAAUGCCUGUAAACCAAUUUGCGACUUCGAAUGCAUCAAUGGUAUGUGCACCGCACCAAACGUGUGCACUUGCAACAGGAAUCACUAUCCACUGUGGAUCGAGCCUCAUUCUCCUCUAUAUAACAGUUCGCUUAAACGCAUUUGUCGUCCUCUUCUUGGAUCUCGCUGCACCAAGUUCUCGUGCGGGGUUAACGAGAUAUGCCACGAAUCCGGCAUUUGUAUCUGCAAUGAUGGUUACGUAAGGGGCACGGCCGGUGAUUGCGUACCCUACUGCUACCCAGCGUGUUCCAACGGGACAUGCACGGCGCCAAAUCGUUGCGAAUGCCACGACGGCUUUGCGUUGCAAUACGGGAUCAUCUGCAACCCGAUUUGCGAAAGGGGCUGCAAGAACGGCGACUGCAUAGGCCCAAAUAAAUGCAUUUGUCGUAAUGAUUUCGUACUGAACUUGAACCAUCAUUUGGGCCCCGAAUGCAUCCCCGAAUGUAUUCACCGUAACUGUAGCGAACGUGGCGACUGUGUCGUUGACCACAUUGACGAUAUUGACAUUACCUAUAAAUGCGCGUGUUACCGCGGAUGGACUGGACAGGACUGCGAACAACCGACCAUGUGCAUGAUGGUGAUGCCUGACGAUUACGAAGAUCUCAACAGUAUCACAAUUCAUAAUGAUAGUGCAAAAAUCGAUAUACGAUUCUUCGAGAACAUGCCGUAUUGUGAAUGCGACAAAUCUAUUGACAACGAAACACUUUGCUAUAUGCAAUAUGAAGGCAAUACGUUUUUUAUCAGCUGCUUGUUUAAUAAAGGACCGUUGGUACAUGUCUCUGUGCGAGAAUCUUAUGGCACCGAGAUUUUGUUGCAACGAGAUCUCACUCCAAAGGAGACAGUCAAGAAUAAAUUGUAA